AUGAAAAUAUUCGGAGGUGUAUUAUUAUUGGUGGUAUAUUAUAUAUCUCUAACCUUUUCUCUUUCUACUACAAAUAUAUUGUAUGUUGAUCCAUCAAAUAUUAAUUCAUGUACGAUUAAAGUAGCAGACUGUGGUACUUCUGCUAAACCUUUUACAACAAUUGGUGAUGCGGUCACUACGGCCAUGCAAGGUAGUACCUCUGAGAUAUCGACCAACUACAACUGGGUCAUAUUGGUCAAUCCAGUGCCAUCGUAUGUUGGAACUCAAAACACUGGAAUCAACCUCCAACUUGCAAAAGGGUCGUCCAUCGAACUACGUUCAAUCACUGCUGCCACUAUUACCGUUGACUGUCAAGGUUCUGGAUACUUUAUGAAUGUUCGUGAUACCUCUCACAUCAAGAUGAACAAUUUCCUAGUCAAGAAUUGUAAUGCCAAUAUAGGUGGUGCCAUGUCUAUUGUCCAGUCAUCUGCUACUCUCACCAAUUGUAACUUUUUAAACAACAAGGCUUCAAUUGGUGGUGCCCUUUACAUUGACCAAUGCCAAUCUAUUAUCAUCUCUGGCACCAAGUUUGAUGGAAACCAAGCCAGUGAACGUGGACCUGCCUUUGAUGUCACCAACACGCCAACAGUCGAAUUGUAUGGUGUUGAAUUUCCAAAUGUCGAACAAACAUUUUCAUGUCGUCAAUCUUCUGUCGUUGCAGAUACCAUCGUUGCAUCAUCAACAGCCACUGCCAUGUGUGACAAUCAAUGUUCAUUCUCGAGAGGUGGUAAUGUCCUGUGCCACCGUACCAUUGAUACUAUCAUUGGUAACAUCGCUAUUCAAUCUACCUCGUUUUGUCUCCCAUCUAGAAACGCUGCCCAAUGCGAAACUCGUUGUCAAUCAACUACUGAUAGUUGUCUUUCAUGUGAUUCAUGUCCAUGUUUCAUGUCUGGAGUAUUUGUGACCACCACCGCUGGGACCUGUACCAAAUCAAGAUUCAUCUCACCGACCAUCAACUUUGAUGAUUUGUUGCCAGGUAUUACAGACAAGGUCACCAUUGAUAUCAUCGCCUAUGUCACUGUUCCAAAGUCUGGUUUUUACAGCUAUUCCACUCAUAGUACCCAUCUUGGUCUGUCACUUCAAGUAGAUUCUCGUAUGAUGCUAUCGUCCAACUACCAAAGAGAAUCUUGGUCAUCCAACCGUACCAUUUACCUCGAAGAGAAACAUCCACAUGCUCUCUCUUUCCAACUCACCUCGCCAGUUUCAUCACUUGUUCUCAAAAGAUCAUUUGCAUUUUCCUUUGACAAUAACCAAGGGAUCGAAAUAUUCUACAGUCGUUCAAUGUGUGGAGAUGGUAUAUUCCAUUUAGGUACUACUGACUGUAUUCAUGAUACGAAUGUUGUACCAACCAGUGGAGCACCAUCUUGUGGUGACAAUAUUUGUAAUGAAAACAAUCCAAAUGAUUGUUUCAAAGAUUGUUAUUCACACAUAACACCAAUAUGUGAUGCUCGUAAAGUUCCAAAGAACCAUAUUGCUCCUGGAUUUAUUACUCAAGGUGAUACUCUUGGUGCCAUCAUUGACAACCAAAUGAUAUGGCAUCUUCCAGGCUCAGAGCACAUGACCACUGCCAUAGAUAUUGUCUCUGGAGAACAUGCUAGCGACCCUAUAUUCUACUUUGGAUACUGUACCGACAGUGAUAUCAAUCUUAUUCAAGAUGUAUACCGUGGAGCUGUCUAUGAGCUGCCAAAAGAAUUAGUUGGAAAAAUGCUUCCCCAAUGUACAUUCGAUACCUCCACAACCACCCAUUCAAGUGUUACCGAGAUGAAAGAUUCAAUGACUGAAAAAUCAAUGUCAUCUUUUAAAGGAUCUAUUGGAGGAAGUUAUGCAGGAUAUGGAGGUGAAUUAAACGCAGCCUAUUCAAAGGAUAAAUCUGUAUCUCAAACCAAUUCAAGAUCAACCUCUGCAACAUCGACUGUCUUUCUUACCGAGGUGGCCUGCAACGUAUCGACUGUCGAGUUGGUAGAGACUGUCUUUCACCCAACCUUUUUAAGAGAUCUCAAGAAAUCACUUUCCGGAAUCGACAUGCUUGAUGUGGUUGAGAAAUACGGUACUCACUAUAUCAAACGUGCAGUAUUGGGAGGAAAGCUUACUCAAUCGACCAUCACCGAUGAAUCAAUGACAAGCUCGCAACAAGAAUCUGAAUGGAGCGAAAGCACCAAAAGAUCGAUUGGAGCAUCCAUCAAGACACCAGUUCUUCAAGGAGGUGGAUCCUAUGGUGAUACAUCAGACUCUACUCAGUCUGGCACACAACAAGACGAGAAGGAGUCCAAAUCAGAGAGAACAUCAAUAGUUACACUUGGAGGAGAGCCAGGAUCGUAUGCACCCGGAAGUUCAUCACAAGGAGAAAUGUUCCAAAAAUGGGCAUCAUCAAUCGAUCUCAGUCCUGCCGUUAUUUCAAGGGAUCUCUUUCCAAUCCGUGAUAUUAUCCCAUCGUCAUGGAUGUCUUCUGUUGCUGGAAAAACAUUCAAGCACUCUGGAUAG